AUGUGGUUAUUUCCCUGUUUAUACAUUACACUUGAGGUCUAUUUAAAUAAAGCAUCCAGCAUUUACUUUUAAACGCAAUACGUUAGCGAUUUGGCGUCAGUGUACCGACGCUGCUGCUAUAGCGGCUAUAACUUUUGUAACAGUCAACAGCACACCAGAAGUCUUAUCAGAGUAAUAAAAAUUUCAAGAAAUAUUCAUUUUCCUGUUUUGUUUCUUUCUCCAAGUUCUCUGUUUGGAAAAAUAAGCUUAUGUUUAUUAUGUUGUAAUUAUUAUAGGCUGGUGCAAGCAUCGAUGCUCGCAUAUAUAUGCUGAUCAGCAUAUUCGUAAUUGCGGAUGCACAAUCUUUAGCAUAUACUAAAGUAUGCGUUAGUAUAUGCUUAAGAUUGUGCACAAUCAGCGUCCCACGUUCAGUGGAAUUACUCCCAUACGCACUCAAAAUAUGACUGUAAUUUGGCGUAAGAAUUGGUUCAUUUAGAUCCGAUGCCCAGACCGUAGCCCAACCUUGUGACCCAACCCAACCCAAUUGGGCCUGAGUGGUAUGGUUUGGGCCGGUGCUAGCAAAGGUUAAAAGUGAGUGGUAGUUGCGAGAAAACCACAUACAAAGUACACAUUUGUUACCUUUAUAUAGAAAAAACAUGCAUAGAUGAGUGUGCAUGCAUACGUGUAUGUGCAUGAACAUCAGUCGGUGCUCGUGCACUUGUAUUUCUUAAAGAUGCAAGUGUGCCCGACCCAGACGGGUUCACUUAUUUUACUGACUGUACCUCUCCACACAUGAUAAUCUGUAGUAGCUGGUCUAGAGAACUCCACCCAGUUGCCGGCGGCAGGGACUGCACAUCGCGGAACCGCCUUUUUGUCUUUAUUGACUGGGUUAAACCAGGUCUUGACCUCCCUUCUCAUAGGAGAUCCUUCAAGCAAUUUGAAUUUGAGCCACAAUGCCGCCUUAAAGGUAUGCUUGACAGCAACUCGUCCCGAAACACCUGAAAUUCUCUAAAGCUUUAAGCGGACAUCAGUUAAUUCCAAGGGGUGUCCACGGGUGAUUCAAGUUGAAAAUCAGUCAGUCGAGCCGAAGUGCUUACCACUAAUUUGAUGAAUAAUUUAAUAAACUUUUUAUGUCGCAGAUUUUUGAGACGUACUUCAGAGAGGUCGCUCCUUCCACUUAUUAGUGUUUGCGACCAUAUCUGCCUACUUGUUCCUUGCCUACACGCGCUGACAAAAGGAAUCCUCGUCACAAAACCUAGAUCGAACCGCCUAGACAGACAACCGGGAGAUUCUUGCAUCGGGAUAGCCAUUAGGGCGCGCCGCGUAAGCCCUAGAAUUUUCUCAGUUGCCUAGCGGACUGCCAUCUCAUUCUAGUCAAGCUUAAUAGCAAGGUCUCGCUGGAUUUUCCGUAUUCUGGGACACCAACCAUUUUUGCAGAGGACAUUUUAGGCGAGGAGAAAAAAUGAACUUUGAGGCAAAUUUAAACAAAAAACGGUCUUAAUCACCGAUGUUUCCAUUUUCGAAACCAGGCAUUGAUUUGCUUUCAUGAGUCCAUUUAUGGAUCUUCGGGAUGAUCCAGAUAUGUUCAUUUUGUCCUUCUGCAUGAUUACCGUUUAAAUACCAGAUCUGCAAAUGUCUACGACGAUUUCGGAAUAUUUUGGUGACAACCACCAGUUUUGUUAAAUAAAGCCCAGCCUUCUUUCACCAUUGUCUACUAGGUAAGCAAGUUCAAAACGCACCGGGAUCUUAAUUUACCUGAAGCUCAAUUUCGGAAUUCUAUUUUCGGACAGGCAAAAGACAUCCACGUUAUACCAGUGAAGACUGCAUGCAUGUCCCGAUGUCGAGGGGCAUGUGCACCUGCUUGCAUCUAGUACAGGGAGUCCGUUUUUGUUAUGUAGGUCGGUUAACAUACUAUUCGGUCGCUCCCCGGACUAAUGUUUCGGAGCUCGUCGGUUUCAGUGGAAGCAGCAAAAUUGAUCAUAACAUUUGGAUCUGACAUAGUGAUGAAGUUUCUUUGAAAUUUUGAGCAUGUAUUCGUAACGAACAGUCGUUAGGAUUGUACGUGGCUGUCUCUCCGAGCGUUUUGUCUCACGAGAGUAACUAUCAGCCAGCAGUGAUAAAUGAAUUUGUUUAUUGGCGGUUAGUGAUCAAAACGUAGGGUGAGGCAUCCGGUAUUUUCGGUAUUUUAGGAGACAGUCGGUGUUGUAUAUCAUAGCUCUAGGCGCCCUGUUGCCAAGACCGCUGUUACUCCAUGAUGUUUAUUUUUUAAACUCUAAAAUUUCGUUAUCAUCGACGGGUCCUUGCUGAAGUCCGUUCAAAUAUUCGCUAACUGUGGACGUGCCGAAUAGCCAGUAACUAAGCUCAUGGGACUGAGAACCUGACGGUUCAUUUUUAGGCAUGGGCCUUCUAUCUUUUAGUUGCAUACGGCCUUCUUCUUUCCUCUGUGACCAACUUAAAUAAUGGCAAUGACUAUUUCGAGCACACCUUCUAUUAAAAUCGCAAAACGUUUCUUCUUCAGACACAUCAGAAUUUAGGUUGCGGGUUUUUUUACGACUAACCUGUUGCCCCGCAACGUCUUUCCGGUAGGUUCGUCACAUAAUUCUACUGAUAACCAGCUGAUAGACAUCAUGUUGGCUGCAAUAUGUUGUCUGUAGGCAUUGGACGACGCUUCAUACCUUAAGAUCCAUGUACCUUCUUUUCUUUGUCUACUAAACAAUUAUUUCUGACUUUUAGUAAUGAAAUUCGUCACAACCCCCAAAUGCCUCAUCCAAUGAGAACGAUCAUCCUUUUACAUGUUGCGGUCAGCUUCUCUAUUGUUGCUGCAAUCGGACAUGGUUUUGUUAGCCUCCAAUACACGUUCUUCUGGUAAGCUCGUGAUCACGUAAUUUUUGACUUAAAAUUCAUCCACAGUAAAGGAAUUCAACUUAAGAAAAUGUCUUAUACUUCCCGAUAUCCGUCACGUAGUUGAAGACUUGGGGAAAAUAUCAUCUAAAUUAAAUAGUGCAAAUUUUUAAUAGGCUAGUUUUGGGUCCGAAUUUCUUCCUUUAAGAAUGGACUCAGGUUUAAACGUUUGUUAACUAAUCAGACGUAAUUUCAAGUAGCUGAACUUUUAAAUAAACGCUUUACUCAUAAUGAAUGAGCGUGGUUGUAAACCCAAGAGGUCUGUAGGGUCUCAUUACUUGCGUCAAUUAUAGAAGGAAAUCAACGAUAUAGACACUAAUAGUAAGUCAUCUCAGGCUUUAAAUCAGCUACUAAACACCACAAGAGAUCCGGCAAAUCGGACGCAUCGUUUUUAUUCACUAUAUCCGUGAGGACUCAUUGGUGUAUAGAAAAACUGAUUGACGAUCAGAUAGGUAGGUAGUGUGGAUUUUUUGUCUUCAAGUAGAGUGGUUAAAUGUGUUGCGGCCUCAUCAACGCUUAGGUGUUUUCUGAUGGCUUUUAAUAGUUUCACCCUCUUAAAGAUCAAGUGGCGCAGUAGGGACUUUCCAGGAUACUUGUGUUUUCGAAGUGCGAUUUCAGAACACGUCUAUACUACAAAAUUUGCCCCAAACAUGGAAAAAUUGAUUAGCUGAUCUAGAGAUCUCAAAUUAUCUCAUUCACUAUUUUAUGCUGGAUUUCUGGAGAAAACUUACCCAUCCGCCUAUAAUAAUAACGUCCGAAAUUUGCCGUCGAAUUAAUGAAUGUGUUUUGCAUCAUCUUCGCUAUUCUCAAAUACGUAAUUUACCCGCCAAAGCGAUCCAACAAACCUCCCUUACUGACGUUCCUAAGGUGUAGUUCUUAUAUUGGGCGAGAUUUUUCGUCCCUAAAAUGUUUGGGACAAUUUUGGGGUAGAUCUUUCAGUUUCGGUUGUCAUGAGUCCUUAGAGCGGACUCUGCCGCUGUAUUUGAGAUAGACAGGGACAAAGGUAUAUGUGGCACGCGUUGGGCGGAGGCUUCAAGCCGUAUCCAAUCUCGUUAUUUUUAUUUUACUCCUGUUACCAUCAAGUUCAGGGGAUAGAAAAGGGGGAAUAAGAGUGGACCUAAGGUAACUUUCGUCACAUGAGUCAGAACUUAAUCUCCAUGCUGUCACGGUACGGCCUCCGACUGUCGGGACAACUUGGUCCUUCACUGAACAGAGGAGUGGACUGCAAUGUCUUCUUCAUGCGGCCUUACGCUUUAAUAAGGAUUCUGCGACACUGCUUAGCGCCCAUUUUCUAUGUAUAUGUAGAGAGCACUGCAUGUGAGUCCUCAUACGUUGAGUUAGUUUCGUCAGUCAGUGCGCUAACACUCAGCUCCAGUUGUACUGACUCAACUUUGCGAAUGGAACAGGGUGAGCGUUUUAAGAGAAGGCGGCUUGAACAGCAAGCAAACCUCCCUCACCAUAAACUAGAUCACACGUAAAUUGUCGCCGCGCUCUUUGGUCCUCAGCGCUGACCACGGUCCUCAUCAUCAUUGAUGAAUGUUCAACCGUCGUGAUCGAAGUUGUCCACCGCGUGCUCCACAGCAGGGUGGGCGGGCACGGUGACUUGUGCGUGACUUACUUUGUAAUGAUAUUUGACUGGCACAGCACCUACCGCACUCUCUCCUCCUCCCCUACCUGGCCCGGUGUCAAGACAUAGUCAAGAAGACCGGAGGCGGGAGAAGACGCAGGUGGCUUGUGCGGACGAAGCCGCCCUUAGGUGUGCCGCUACAUCUGGCUCGGACCCCAAUAGGUAAGAGUGCCAUAAAAAAACAAAUUAAAAGGGAGCCAUUGCAGCCUGACCCUCAGACCUCCAGUCGGCCACUCCACACAAACGCUCACUCUGGGUCGACUGCGAGGUCCAAGUUUCCCGUCAGUUGGCAACCCUUCAAGCCACGGCUUUUAGCGCACCGUGGUAGCUUCAAGCGCGUCAGAUUGUUUAUAGUGAUGAAAUUGCAUUGAGUCGCCGACCUCACUCUCUAUUCCUAGGCCCCAGUCACUGUCCAGGCGAUCAAUUGUUUGGUGUUGGGAAUGACGGCAAUGGCAGGGACAUCGUCUACGCGCGCGCCACAUGUACGACCCACAAAAACACAAGCACCAAGGUGUCACAUAGCCUAGGGUGGGCGGCAUACAUCUCACAUGUGUGAGAGUACCAGAGGUCACGUUAGAAAGGAGCCGUUGAAGCAAUGCACCAGUCCGCCACCCCACACAGUCACACACAACUCGGAAGACUGCGUGGACUGAGUUAACCCAUCAGUCGGCAGCCUUCCAAGCUACGGCGUUUGACUCACCGUGAUAGUUUGAGGCUCGAUCACACAUGUAACAGAGGACCCACAUGGAGGAGGGUCCAAGAGCACACUUCCCACUUACGUCAGUGUGUCUACGUUGUGUGUUGAUGGGUGGUGUGGAUGUGUGUUGCAGGUGUUGGUGUUGAGAGGUGUGCUGGUAUGGUAUAAUCGGCGGUGGUCUAUCGCUCGUUUUCAUGAAUUCCCAUGUGGCCUAGUAGGUCCAUGCGGUGGCUGAACGUGCGAUGGCAAUACGGGCAGUUGAGGCGAGUGCGUUUGGCAUAUGUUGGUACUCCAGGCGCUGUUUCGCUGGUCUCCGUGCAAUAGAUUCGCAGGUGACCGACUAGGCCAAUGUGUGGGUGAAUAUGCGAUCGCAAUAAGGACAGUUUGGGACCGAGUCCACAUGGCUGGCGAUGGUAGUAGAUGACGGGACGUCGGGCGUCGUCCCAUCGAGGGGGAGUGGGAGAGAUUGUGCUGUGGACGCCGUGGUCGACACAGGAGUUGGGAAAGGGCGGAUGUUGCUGGAGAUCGAUGACGGCGGGCAUGGGCAUUCUGAUCACUGACGGGGGUGGUAUUCGUCGCGAGGUUUACAGCAGGGGUGAUAGUAGAGGUGUUUGUGAGAGAAGUCGACGUUUCCGGGUUGUUGGUGCCUUGAGUCCGAAGGCGUCCUUGCUUCGGCGGUACAUAUACUAAAAUUGGAACGAUACAGGGAAGAUUGGCAUGGCUUCUGCAUACAACUCCACUGGCGAGGAUUAUAUCCUAAAAUUUGCUAUAAAAGUGCUUUCGCCCAUAGUCGGACGAGAAAUGUCAUCGGACAGUGCGUUUGUAUCCAUUAAGUUGUCCGAGUGUAUAACAGUAACUAAAAGCCCGUUGACGAAAGGGAGCGUUUCGGUCGUCAAUGGGCGUGGACCUGUAUGAGAAAAUCCAGUUGAAAUUCAGUCGACUACACCGGUGUCGGUAGGUGUGAGGUGGCCCAUGAUAGACUCCAGUUAAUCGACUUUAAAUGGACCUCGAAUAAGUGGCCAUCUUUUUGAAGUUCAAUGAACCAAGACUGCUAACAUACCUGCCUGUGCAAAACCCUCCUACCAUGAUAAUGACACUUGUUUGGGGUAACGCCCAAUGAUGGCUGAAAGCGACUAAAUCGUGCGUUACUUUGAGACGAUUGUAGAAUGUGUAGUAUUCCAUAUGAUGGAUUCGGACUUGAGUCCUUCCGUAACUAGAAGUGGUGUUCUGGUUCUUGCUCCAGGGACUAACGAUUUCUUGAGUUUGGCCGGAUCCGCAGUACCUCCCUUGACGCACACCAACUUUAAGGCUCGUUAAGGCAUUCUUAUGCAAAGUAAAUGGCCUCUUGAUGAUGUUAACCGGAACUUCGGGUCAGAAUAUGGGUAAUAAUGAAGUAGGCUGCUUUGACAUGAUCGUUGAAGCGUGCGUUGGAUAAAUGUGUGGUACCUGAUAGAUAGGAAGACGUGUAAAUGCACCUUUUGCUCCGCCGUUUGCUAAUAGGCUCUUUGCUGGCAUUGCUCUCUUGUAAAUAUAUCUUUUUCACGCUGCUUUGUUGAGCAGGUUUAGUGCGGAAGCCGGCUUGCCAGCAAAUGCAACGGGACCCAGUCCAUGUGAAUACGAUAACAGGUAACCGAUGUUAUAAAAUGCUUCCCGACCUUUUUGUCCGCACCAUGGUCAGUUCGUACAGUUCUUUAUAAAACAUGCGCCAAUUAACUUUACCACCACAUCUUUGCUUUUAAUUAGGCAUGUCAAAGCAGGUCACCUUUCUCUUUGAGUCUUCGACUGGUCUCUGUACGCUCGGUCUAAAGCAUGACUAAGUGUUUACCUGUUUGCAGGUUGGUACGUCCAUCGAGUCCUCCCUCUGGAAUUUUAGCUUAAACUACCCUGCAACCUGAUUCACAACAGAAACUUGUUGAACUCGUCGUAUGGAUUCUCCUCCUGCUUACGUUUUGCCUCUAUCGAAGUACAGACUGGAGUUACUAGUGACUCAGAGCAUGCUCUUUCAAACUAUUUGUAUCUCGAAUACGCGCAACUAGGGCAUUCCGUUAUUUCGAUAAAAGGUCUCUCUACGGUUCGUCAGACAGGGCAGAAUGAAUUGACUAAAAGACACAUGAGGCUGCUUGGUAUUUUCUUAAUUCUUAAGAGCUCAACAUGUGUUGACAUUUACCCUAUCACUCUACUUUCCUUAAAACUAAUUUUCGUCGCCCUUAUGUAAGGUACAUUUUCGUGAAGUGGUAAAGAACGAAAAAUUUUCUCGGACAUUGUUUCCGUCUGGUAGACUAAAUGAGGCUUUGAAUUUUUUUUACCAGGAAGUGCUUACUUACACCUGGGGCACGUCGACUGAUACGUCAGCUUGCUCACCACUCAUAAGUUCCAAUCAUAUAUUUAUUCAAGGAACUCGUGCAACGAUUUAAGGCCAUCGAUACCACAACCAAAGAUAUGUUUGUUUCAAGUAGAUCAGAACUUUCUUCACUCUGAAGUGAGUCGCAGUAAUGGCAUGUAGAGCAUCAAGGCAAUAAGUGACCUCGACUCAAACUCAGUGGCAUGUUUUUACCUGAGACAAUUUAAGGCCUCCUCAGUUUACGUUUGGCCUUAAAGGUGCUCGUAGAAUACUGCCAUCUUGCCCAAUCCCACCAGCGUUGUGUCCAAGAACAUGAACAAUUUUAUUAACAAGGGGGCUCGUCGCCCAUAUGAUUGAGAGGACUUAUGAGGCUGUAUGCCUUAAAGUCGAGUUGAACCAUAUUCUCCAGGCAUUUGUCGACUUUCUGUAGACUUCACCGUUUUGCCGCACAGGAAAAUAAUUCAGUCACAUGACUAUAAGAGGAAGAAGUCGAACAUUUAGUUCGAACUAACCGUCCUUGAGUUCAAUACAUUCUUAAUGAUGUUCCAACCCCAAGGCAGUAUGUGACCUCUACAGCGCUGUCAAAUGAUAGAAUUGAUCAAUUAGAACAGUGUAAGGAAGUACAUGUUAAAGCUUUGUCUUGGUACUUACGUUUGUCUUCAGCACAUUCGUGCUGGUAUUCUAGUCCCCAAGUGUUGGCAAUUACAUCAUUUAUUUCUUCUAGACUGCAAAUGCUAACUCGCCAUUGAAAGUGCGUGCCUUUUUUGUUCUUCUCUCAAGAAUAUCAGUCGCAGCCUGUGUACACUAGGACUUUUUUCAUUUAGUAGACUUGUUUGCAAAGUUUUCAGCCUUUAGUAGCCACUCUUUUUCUUCUCCGUGAACCGCGUUGGAAACAGUUUAAGAUCCUAUUUGCAGUUUCACAAUUGCUUUUGCCAUCUUUGGACUUGGUAUUUCUGUCGGUUCGUCCCUUCGUUGCACGUUGCCAGUUUAUUGACCUUUGGAUCCAUUGAGUGACUGGUCGCUUGGUUGCCCAUGGGCAUAGCGCGCGCCUUGUUUACUCCUUCACUGUCAUCAUUUUGCACUAAAUGGACAAUCUGCUUAUUUUAAGCAAACAUGUUCUGAGUUUUGCGAUCAGUUACUGCCAAACUUUUUGACGUAGCCCCCACUCUAGUGAAUUUAGCAGGUCUUACCGCACAUGAGUAACUUAUUGAAGUCCUGGAGUGCAUUCGGAGUACAUGGACUGGCGCCAAAUGUUCUCCUUCUCUUGUUUUUGUUCCAAGAAACAAGGAACGAGGGUAAAAGUCGCCGUCCGAUUUUAAUCCAUGCACCUCGUACACUUUCACGGUUUACGCAGAGGCAAUACUUCCUAGCUCGUUCUCCAUCGAAGACGCUUUAAUCAAAGGCCUGCCUAAUAGGUGUAUUAACUUUCACUGUUUCCUGUCAUUAGCUCUGCUCGACCAGACGACGUCGCAAAGCUGGAGUGGGUGCAAAAACGGUCCGCACAAGUUUCCACAAUUUGCAGCCUAAUCACAGGCUCCUUCGGCCUGUUAACCACCGUACUCCUUGGCCAACUCUCCGAUCGGGAAGGUCGAAAGCCAGCUGCCAUGGUCAACUUUCUCGGCAGCUUCCUCAGUAUUAUCAUCUUCAGUGAGGUCUUUGCAAGUUAUUUUUGUCGAUGAACCUGCACUGCCUGAUUUUUUAUUCAAUUGCAUGCAUCAUUUGCACGGUAAUUCUUCAACGAGCGGGUGCAUCUCCGUGGCCAUUAGUAGCAAAUCACGUGUCUUAAGUUUACGUUUUCUCUUAGCGGUCUUUUGUCACAGUCCUCCUCGCAAAUGUAAAUUCGUCUCGUUGCGCUGUGAGUUCUUCUCGCUCCCUGGGAGGCUUGGUGACGUCGGGGUCACGUGACCCUUGUCUGUCAGCCGUAACGGCACCAUUAAUAUGUGAGUCAAUGACGAUAAUGGGCGCAAAAUCAGAGGGGUCGUUAAAUCAUUUGGGCCUUUAUUUGUGCUAAGUUGGCCAUUGGCGACAACUGAGAAAGUUGCAAACGCAACAGCAAUAAACCGCACAGUCCGUUUUCCCAAAUUUAGUGGUACUGUUUUCGAGACCGUUACUGACCGUUUGUUGAAUUACUUUAUGCUCUAGAGACAUAGGAGUAAGACAUUCGUCGAAUCAUUCUGACUGCUGGACGUAAGUGGGAACUUCUGUUUCGCCUUGCGAUUCCGCAUGUAGAGACCGUUCUGACUGUCACGUAGUGACGGGCUCACAUUCAUGAAAAUGUGGUUUUAAUAAAAGUUACCAUCAUUGGAGUUGUCAUUUUUAGUUUAGCGGCCGUCCCCAGUCAGCCACUACCAACCCCGGGGGAAGGCAACUUGAGAGUUUGACCGUAGGUACCAUUGCGAAGAACAGAAAUCAAGGGAUAGGUAUAAUGAGAACCCUCAAGGGUAGCGCUAACACAAAGAGAGGUCAGCAGUCAGCAUUCUCAGGCAGAAUCAAUGUGACGUAUUGAGUUCUACUGAUAUAUCUUGAUUAUCUAAGUUUCGCAAAUAUUCGCAUGUCACACUUGAAAAGUCAAGUUGGCAAACACGUGUUUUCGGUAAUUCUUCGUCAGGCCAAUACAGUUACAUGAAGGAAUGAAAAUGUACAAAAUCAACAGUGUUUAUAGGUGUCUCAAGGGCUAUUAAGUCAUUAACACUCAUCAUCCCCACGCCGUCCGCAUGACAAGAUCGACGGGUGUUGGUCCUCAGAGUUAGGGGAGGGGGGUAAGAGAGUCUUUGAGUGAUGCUCUUGGAUUGAGUACACGGAGUAACCCUCACUGUAAUUAGGGAUUUAGGCGGCAUGUCGUCAUCACUUGGGGUUCUCGUUGGCCACGGCAGGGAGGGCGCUUGUCUCAGGGUUUUCUGACAGCAUAAUACCGGAUUCGCUAGCCGUAUAGCCACUGCCUCGGCCGUUGCUAGUAUCCGUUGGUGUAGGCCUUUACAGAAGCAUUUUGAUGUCGGUAGACAACCUGAAACGCUUCCUUGGCAUCGAUUCGGUGAUUCGUAUCGAUUAAAUGUGCGAGAAUAGAACUUGAAAUCGGCCGGGUCUCACCUCUGCCUAGCCAGGCGAGCAUAUGUUCACGCACCCUCUUUACCAAGCGUCUCGUUGUGAAACCGAUGUAUUCUGCUCCACAGGAGCAAUUGGAUGAAUAAAUGCAAAUUGAUGUGGCCUCCAAAGGUAGUCUGUGAAGCAUACGCGUAAAUUCACCGCUGGAAUGCCCUCGUGAUAGCUGUAGCUAAGCGCCGUCUGACUAGUUCGCUCUCUGCGUCUCCUGCAAAAGGCAAUCUUAUGAAUACCUCUUUCUUUUCCGCAGUCGCAACAGUGAUCUUUGCAGCGCGUUCUCCCGAAGUGUGUUCCGCAGCUGUUGGAGUUCUUCUUCAAUAGCUUCAGGUGAACAGAUGCGUCUCACUCUAGCCACCAAUCCCUGAACUAAAUUCCGUUUGAUGUCUAGGGGAACAAAACUGUGGAAAUUAACGUAUUGUCCCGUCCAGGUUUUCUUUCGGAAAACCGUGCGCUGGAUAGACCCAUCCUCUUGCCUGUGCAGAAGGACAUCGAAAAAGGCAAUUUCGUUAUCUGCCUUGGCCUCUGCAGUUAACUUUAAGCAGGGGUGCGCACUUUUGAACUUUGGGACAAGGUUCUCGGUAUCGGUGGUACCAUCCGCCAGACAGAAGAUAUCGUCCACGUACCGACCGUAGAAGAUGAGACGAUUAGUGGUGUCUUGCAAUCUUAUUUUCUCGACUUUGCCCAUAAAAACAUUUUCAAGUAACGGUCCAAGCGGUGAUCCCAUUGCCACACCAUCUACCUGCCUGUAUAGUUGACCAUUGCACAGAAACUGGACCUUUUGUGUGCAAAGCGUCAGUAGUUCUUUUAGCGUUUUCACAGGCAUGUCUAAGGGGUAGUUCGUAUCACGAAUAACAUCACAAAGAUCGUUGAUUGUUUCUGACACGAGUACGUUGGCAAACAGCGAUGAUACAUCCAGUGGUAACAUCCUCCGUCCGCCAACGUCAAUAUUUUUAAUAGCUUCGACGAACUUAAAGGAGUCUUUUAAACUUCGAGGGUACAGAUAACUUUGCAAUGGUUUUAGUCUUUCCACUAGCCAUUUUGCAACGGUAUGAUAAUGCAAAUUCCUCAUAUCCAAGAUUGGACGUAGAGGCAGCCCUUGUUUGUGAAUUUUAGGAGGGCCGUUCAUUUUUGGUAUUGUCGAGCCCACCGGUCUCAGUCGUUCAUACUCUGCUAGACAAAUCUUGAUUACCUCCUGCCAGUUGACCGCCCUCCAAGCCACGGCUUUUAACGCACGUCAUAUUUUCUACAGCGGGAAAUAUGCGCUGAUUGUUGUGGGGCAAAAUCCCCAGACUCGACCUCUCUCUCCCCCCCACUUCCCUCUCAUAGGCGUCAGUCCACUGUCCGAGCCGGUCACCUAUCUCACGCUGGAAUUGGGCUCAAGGGACGGACAAAGUUAGGCAGUCACACAUGACCUGCUCCUCCGCACAGCACGUUUUUAUACAAAGCGAGACUGGUACUAAACUCAGAACAUGUUUUGCCGAUAUCCUGUCACUACAUGACACAUCUGCGAGGGGUUUGACUCAGCAGUGAGUCUCCCAGCAUUCUUUGUGUCCUUUCUAGUAGGCACUCCAGUUGUUAAAAUUUCUGCCAUUUUGUUCUCCUCAGAAACUAAUGUGCUAAGUCAGAAUAAAUCCCUCGGAUUGAAGCUUUGUAGGCUGAGUGCGAAAGGGGAUAUAAAUAUUUAAGCCUAAAUCUAUCAGAUCUGGCGGGAUAAUCGCGUAGCAUUCAUUAACUGUCAACAGGCAUGGUUAAGCGAGUCUUCCGAGCCCUGUUUUCUUCUUUUUACUCCCCCUGUAACAUUGCGGUGUACACAGCAGUAACUAUUUAACUUGAACAUAGGCCACAUCCGAAGAGGAAACCGUAGUUUAGAAAAAGUAGACCAAUAGCCCAAAAAAAAUUUCUCUUCCCUUCUGCACUUUUUUAUAUCCGCGCUUCCAGGCCUAAUGGUAAUUCUGAAGUUACCGCCGUGGAUUUUGUACCUUGCCUCAUUACCGCCCGGUCUCACGGGUAACGGACUUACUGGACUCUUUCUAGUGGUGAGCUCUGUUCCAGCUGUCAUUCUACAUAAGCAUCUUUCAUAUUCUAUAAAUUGUCCUCGUUAAUUAUAUUUCAGUGUAGUAAGGGCAUUUUGAUGUACAGACCACUAUGCUCAAAUGCGUAUAGGCUAGUUACAACUGUAAGUUGUCUGAAUCAGUCAGCAUUCGCUGCCUUUCGCUAAAAGUGCAUAGGUGGCUUAAAAUUCCUCACUUUAACACUUUUGAGAUAAAUAUACAGGCACGGGUUCAUGCUGCCCUACUGACCUCCGUGUUUUUCAUUCUCGACGGCUGUCUGUGUGCUCUUCUGUUAAACUGCCUCGACUCCACAAGUGAUUGACAAGUCAAUUCCAGGUUUCCUGAAAACGCCCUGCAGGUAGUUAAAUGGCAUUUAAUACUUUUUUUCUGCAAGGGUAUGGUUUAUGGCCGGGGUUACUUACUCCGAGGAGCAAUUGUGCUAAAAGAAAAUAAUUGGCGAUAUUUAUUUGUACUUGCCAGAGGAAGAAAUAAAAAGACAUCGUGAUGGCUGCCGCGUGAGAGUGAUCAAGAUGCUUUAAGGUAGUCAUCGGAGUACAAUAUGACAAUUCAAUACUUCUUUAAGAAUGUUUUCAAAGGGACAUUAAAUUUGCUAUUAUCAUUAAAUGGCAAAAAUAGUGUCACCUUUUAAUUGGGGACAGUAUUCAGAAUCAAAAUAUAUGAUGCCACAAAGUUCUUAGAUGUUCAGCUCUGUUGAUUGACACAAAUGCUACCAAGAGUAAGUAACCCCGGCCAUAAAUCAUACCCCUGCCCUUUUUUCUCAGACCCUUUUGCGCCUCUGUGCAAAACCGUUCCCAACUCGGGAUUUUGCCGUCUUGGGACCCUUUUGAAAAUCUUGUCUAUUCUUCCUAAGUAUUUUUAUUUACAUCCAGAGGACCUCACAUUAACAUGGGCAUAUGCCUCAGAUAUUAUCCUCAAAUACUUUCGGAGUCGCCUGCUUAACGUCCCCGUUUGAUUGUACAAGUUAACAGAAGACGUGAUUGUAUGGUUGUGAGAAUGCUUUUUUCGGAUCUUUUUGGCAAUUGCUUCGCAAAUGGAUCACCUUGAUGACAUUUCGUCACACCAUUGGUUUGCUGGCCGUCAAACAUAAUAAUUACUUUGGUAAUUCGGGUAAAGUUGACUUAUAACAAUAGGAAAUCCAUUGGCCUUUAUGCCCGGCAUGAAACGUUGAAGUAUGCGCAGCACAUUGUGACACUAACGCACCAGUGGACGUUGUUGUUCUAGCAACUGAAGCUAACGCUUUGCCCUGCAGAACUGUUUGAGUAAUUUACUUCACCUCAUCUCCAAAACAAAAUUAGCUGACACUCAGAGGUACGUAUGAAUGACGUUUACCAAUCUGGCCCGACUGUAGGACAGACUGCAAAUGCUGUCCUUCUUCCUGCACACCCGCCCUAGAGUCCUCUUUGGUGGUGGCGUAGCAACCACGAACGAUAUCCGAGGAGUAUUAACAAGAAGGGUAAGGAGAACUGGGAAGGAUCUAGUCCCUGAAACGAAUGUUUCAUCCUAAAGUAGGACAGCAUUGUGCGCAUCAUCAGUACUCGUCUGUUAGUAUCAUUUGCAGCAGCUGUCGGGGCAUUAGCCCAUGGCCCAUCCAACCGGCAACACAUCUAAGUAAGAUGAAGUGGCGCUCACUGAUCAAGUUACGGGACAUGCUCGUCCCGUUAUGCCUUGGGGCUCAAUCUCAAACCCUCUCAGACAGUCGCAUAGCGACAGGACCAAGAGCCCGUGGCUCAUUGGUAGAGCGCUCGACUCAAUGACCAAAAACCCCGGGUUCGAUUCCCAGGUGGUUCACACCUGGGAUUAGGUAUGACUGGCGGACGACGGCUAAUAAGCCAGAAAUGACCAUUUCGGUCUUCCUCGUCUUUGUGGGUAUUCCAUCAUAAGGCGCGAACUAGACUCGAACCCAAAUGAAAAAUCUUGCCGUCCUGGGGUUGGGGGUAGAUGGCUAACAACAGCACCUAAAACCGGAAUUCCCAUUUUAUUCCCCCUUGUUUUUGUUGAUGCUCCUUAUCAGUUUCAUAUUCCCGAUAGUAUUUAGUUCUGUGCCGAACGACUGCACAAAAUCAGCCGUGCUAUCUUCCUUUCCUGACGAGGAGCGGUUAACAGACGUCAACACUUGGUGGUUUAACUGUAAGAUUUAGAGCGCCUUGUUACCCUGCUAGUAUCCAUAGGGAAGUUUAUUCAGCCCUGCUCAAGCUUUUUGUUCUUGCCUGCUACCAGUGAUCAUUCCAAAUCCAAGUUGUUUCAAUUACCUGUCUCUCUUUAAUAUUUAAGCUUUGCUUCUAUCGGGGUAUGCCCUUCAGCUAACGCCUUCCGUUUGGUCUUCUCGAGGCCCCACAUAGUCCCCAACUUUCUAAACACGAUGAGCUUGUUUCAAUUUACAGUCUGUUUAAUUCUGUCCGGUGACAUUAACCACCGUGGGACCUCAUAUGUGCCAUCAAAAUCACGUAGAGAACUUUGACAUCAGCAUCUACAGUUUACAUUCUCACCUACGCAAUUCUUAUUAAAGCCAUGCAGUCGCCAAUGCAAAAAGUCAGUCCAAACUUUUAGAACUGUCCCUUGUGAUGCGUCUUUGUGCACCCUCGAGGCCUGCCGAACUUGGUGAUGUGGUUUGUUGGAAGCAGUCGGCUCUGAAUUUUUCACCUGUUUAUUCUUUAACCUCUUUUAACCCAUCUUUUAAGUGUCUUACAUCACUUCGAACACAAGGCUACACACGAGCAGUUUGGACUCGACACCCUCCUCCCACUUUACAUAUUGAAACUUCAUGUUCUGGGCGUCUUUAUUGUAUAUUUCAGUUUGUAAUAGGAACCGAUGUUCACGAUACUGAACGGACUUCUAAGUGCUCUAUCAGUCCAGAAAGGCUGCUUAAUUCCGGUUAUCACGCUGAUUACCUAAGGGUUACCUCGCACAUGGCAGCAUUUUGGUCAUCAGUCAACAACAUUUCCGCUAAAUAAUACUCAUGAAAAAUUGCUGCGUCAAGGUUCUGAAAUGUGCUUCCUACACGAAAACGUUAUUUAAGUAGGAUUGUAAUAUUAAUCCCCUUGCGAUAUAAUACCAAGAUAUUUCGGUCACGUCAGGGUUCCGGCUCUUGAAGGCACUUCUUUCCGGUCGUCUGCGAAACUACACUCCGUAAAAACGACUUCUUUAGCAGUGUGAUUUUCCCCCUUGAUUUUCGAUGCCCAUAUAACUUCAGAUAUAUUAAAUAAAAAACAUGCACGAAAAUAUUCUUUAUUGUACUCAUUUUAUAGCAAAUUAUGUCUUCUUCACGGUUUAUACUUGAGAAAACGAUGUAUUUAGCUUUUAAGAAGUUUCAAAUUAUGAGAUUUUCUAAGACCGUGGAAUGUCCACUUAUAAAUCAUUGCCCUCUUAAUAGCCUUUAGAAAUGUAUGAUUUCCCUCACAUGGGAAAUAUAUGAGGCAUGUAGUUUUGAAACCCUGAAUGCAGGUUUGACGGCAGGUAGGGUUCAAAAUCGAUCGGGAAUCGAGAAGUUUUCUGAAUCCGAAAAACACCACUUCCUCAAGUAUAAAAUUCAAAGAAAUAACUCCCUACCAACUUGAUGCAGGAAAGAAUAGUUUUGUGUAUGUUCCCUGUAAAACAUGUUUAAGUGUAUGAAGGUAACGAGAAUUAAUAGGAAAAUCAUGCUACUUUAGCUAUCGUUUUUCAAAAAGUUAGGCAUUUGAAAACCGACGGGAAGAAGUGCAUCCAAAAGCCGGCACCUUGACGUGACCGAAAUAUCUUGGUAUUCUGCCACACGAUGGUAGAUAUAACAGCUUGUCCAUGUCCAGAUAAAUUCAAAUGUAUUUAGUCGAAAAUAUUCACAAAAACACUUUUCUAGUACUUUUUUAGUAGCAAAUUACGCUUCCUUAAAGUUUUAUACCUGAGGAAAAAAUACGUCUUGUUUUAAAGAAGUUUAUAGCUAUGAGAAUUUUAAGGCCAUGAAAUGUCCAUUCAUAAAACAUUGUCGUCUUAGGAGCAUAUAGAAACGUAUGAUUUUCUUUACACGGAGCUUAUACAGCUUGUAGUUUAAAAAACCUGACGGUAAGUUUAACGGCAGGGAGUUUUUAUCGUUAUUUUGGGAUUAAAAUGUUUUCUAGAAUCGACAACUACCAUUUUCUUCAGGUAUAAAAUUUAAAGGAGACUUACUUUUCUGCCAAAUGAGCACAAGAACGAAUGUUUUCUGGAAAGUGUGUUUAAAUUUAUAAGAGUACCAAAAAUCAACGAGAAAGCCAUACUAUGUACUCAAGCAGUUAUCUAAAAGUGCAUUUUUGCAGGCAGACCAAACCAAAUGCCCCCAAAAUCCGACAUCCUGACGUGACUGAAGUGUCAUGGAGUUAUGCUGUGCGACAGUUAAUAAUACAACACUACUCAAGUAAUAUCUUCGAAUCGGAAGCACAUUUUAGAAUUUUGAAUAACGUUUUAUGAGAUUGCGCAUCUGCAGUAUAUAAAUUCGAUACUUUUCCUCGCAAUAACACACCAACUGUAAAAUCUGCUCUUUGUAUGUUGUGCCAUUUUCAGAGUCUGUGGUUAGGUUUGUGAAAGAUCAUGCUAUCUUCGGGGUUUCCAGCUUACAUAUGCAUUUUCAUAAAGUAAAUGCACGUAUCUCUUCAAGUCAUUGCGAAGACACACUCUCAAGACCCUAAAAUGAUUAAACUUACUGGAAAUUCGCUGAACGCUCCCGAGGCACCGUUAAUAACGCACUGGAUACUAGACGAGGCGAAUACUCUAACAAACGUUUAGAAAUUCCUUAAAAAGGUGAACAUUUUAGAGUAAAAAAUUUCCGAAUUCUAAAUGACGAUAUCCCAUAAAAUGAGUAACGGGAAAAUGUAUUUGUGCAUUUUCCCAUACGGUGUAAUUGAAUGUGUACAAAUAUCCAAACAUAAAUACUGAAAAGGAUACACAGUAUAAAAAGACACUCUUCCGCCAGUGCUGCUCUUUAUAGGCCAGAGAUCAUUGACCUUACUGGAGGCUACCCUAGCCAAAUCCACCCAGAGCGUUCGGAGCAUGCGUCCUUGUUCAAACGUCCGGUCAUACAACGACGUGCCGGAGAGUGGUUGCGAUGUGCAGUUCGUUCCACCAUUCCGUGGACUCGAAAGCGAAUCACUAUCGUCUCCGCCGAACCAGUAGUUUAAGUUGCCUAAAUUGUAUCGAACGGCGGUGGCUGAUGUCUUGUUGGGCGAUGAACAACAUUUGACGUGACACAGUAUCGCUAUGAUUGUGACCUUGGCAUACAGGCGAUCGCUCUGUCAGAACGGUGCUUCGCCACAUUUGAAGGUAUUACCACUACAAGGUCCGCGACCGCCUCCGCUUUAAAUCCAACGGCCUGCCUAUCCGGCAGUUGAGAAGACUUCUACUGUCAGCCAAUCGCGGAUGCACAGGGGUAGCCCGUAGCUCAGUUAACGCCCUGGUCCUGUUUUUUGGGGGGUGUCCGGCAGCCAGGAUAAUGGGUGCACCCCCGAUCCAUCACGAUCGCAUCGUCCCCAGUCAGCAAAAGCAAACAAGAGGCGCCACUGGAGGCUUUUUCUGCGCAGACCAGCUAGAGCGCAGUCACCGUAAACAAUGCACGUCGACUGCCAGUCAGGACAGGGCGCGAGUGACGAGGUCGUGAUGGCGGGAGACAUUAUCGCUAGUGCAAAAUCGAAUGACUAGACAGACUAACACCAGUAUUCGGCCAAUCUUGCUAACGCAGCAUCUCUAGCAUCGCUGACUGCAUGAGUCAUGCUGUGGCGUGAUGUAGAUGUCAGGUGGAAGCAGUAGAUGGAGCGGGGGCUAUGACCUAAUAUUUCCUGUUUUCCCGGUAUCCGUGACCAAUUAACACAGAUAGUUUGGACUAUUUUCACUUGAAAGUCUACAUUCCAUGGCGUUUGAGGUAACCUGGAAAUACGCUUUCCGCUAGCCAACUUCGCAAGGUCACUCGAGGGGUCUUUUGCUUACAGCUAUGUUUCAAGAACUUAGUUAUUACCUCCUAUCGCAAGCGAAGCAGUCAAAUCUGCGUUUUCUAUCUUAGCUCCAGAUUUCGAAACCAGUCGGCUGGACUGGGGCUUUGGCACUACUGUUUAGAAGGUGGAAAGAGGAAGUAAGGCAGGUUCAGAUCAAAUCUAGUUCUUCGUUUCCUCAUAAUGGGUAAACUGACGCAUUUUAAACUGCCGCGGCUGAAUAAAGGACAUGGUUUAGAAACUUGUACCUGACUGCCAUCGCAGCACGCGUUGUCAGGUUCAAUAAGCCAACUUUCAGGGUAAGUGGACUUUCCUCGGUCUGCCGGUCGGGGCUCAGUGGCCCCUUAACGUAUAGCAUUCACGACAAUUCUCUUCCUUUGGGGAUUCGAGACCUGGUUUGUACUCUAGUCCAAGUGAAUUUAGAGAUCGAAAAGUGUGUCACACGCGUAAGCCUGGAUCCGCUCUUCUCGGCCACUGCUCUCACGCCAAUUUCUAGUCGUCUGGACAUUACUUUACUACUUCAAACACAGCAUGCGUUGGAAGGCAGAAAGAAGUGUGUACCACGAAGGUCCUCCUUUACCACAAUCACAUUUAGGCGAAAACCAUCACUGAGAUCGCCGGAUAUUGAUGUUAUUUGUCGUUUUUAAUGAAUUAGCCCUCGUUUGAAUACCAUGUGGUUGGCCGAGAAAUCUUCAGUGCUUUCCCGCUACUUGUCAGCCAUUUGAAGGAAGUUAGCUGUGAUAGUAUAAUUCAUUAUUUAAUUAUAGUGCCAUAAUUUGUUCACUCAAGUCAGUCUUUUUGUGUGCUCGAAUCCAGGCCUUUACCAUGAUCUCCGAUGUGGCUGUUGGCUGCGCGGGCAAAUCCACUGCCUCCGUGGAUCGUGUUUUGUCUCAGUCUGACUCCGUGUCUUCAGAAAAUUCAACUGUGUGUUAUUCGGAGAGCGAUAGGGUGUAUGUUGAGACGCUGCAGACUCGAUCAGAGUUAAACACCGAUCGACGCCGCCUUAUAUUAAUGGGCGUGUUUGAUGGAGUUACUGGUUGUAUCUUUGCCCUGACCCAGUACUUUGCCGGUGAGUUCUGCGAAGUCAUCAACGAUUGCCAUCUCAUUAGACUUAUUUUCCCAUAAAUGACAUUUAUCAGUAAGUUAGUAAUGUGUGAAAGCAAUUCUAUCUUUCUUUUCCGUUCGAUGUAUCGCUCAUAUUAAUAGCCUUUGUUCCCAGUACUCUCUGUAUGUAAAGUUGGCAAAUUCAACCUUAUCCUUGUUCCGCCAUCUACACCAGUUUUUUAAUGCACUGUCUUGAUGGUAUUCGAUUGCCUGAACAUUGGUAAAGAUAGGUUUAUUUGUGCCUCACACCUUAGUAAAAAUCGACGGAAUGAAUGCCGUUGCGGGGGUGUCAUUACUGCGCAGGAGUCCAUGUCUUUCUGCACGGGUAUUGAAUUUAGACUUAUUAGGUUAAAAACAGUGGCCUUUUGGGAAUUGGAUAUGCUCAUCAGUUAGUGCGAGCACGCGCCAGGUAGGUCGUUUGGAGUUUUUUUUCCAAUUUCGCCCGCUUAACCAAAAUCCUCAUAUGCAAGCUUGUCUUGCCACAUAAGAGCCAAUAAAAUCAAUCUUAAAAAUUCGUCAUUUUCAUUGGGCAUUGUGCUGUCAUGCCGAUAUGUGCUAACUUAACUGAAAAGGCAGAACCGGCCACCGACUCAUAGAGUUUCUGAGGAGCCUCGACUUAGCAUUCUUUAACAUCCGUAAUCAAGAGGACGAUUAAUCACUGUGAAGCCUCCCAUUUGCGACGAAUUUCCUUCGAAUCUGACUUGAUCAAUGUUAUACAUAUAAUUCCACCCACCCGAGACAACAAAAUACUCCUUUAAAUGCCUGGGCAUUUGAUCUGGCCUUACCACAAAUGGGCGGGCUUAAGGGGAUCACUUACAUGAUUCUUUGCCUGUUUCCCCUCAGUUGAACAGACCUAACAUGAAUUCUUCUCUAGAAAAAUGCUUUCUGGGAUUCCAAUCAAUUCUAAAAUCAAAACUAACCACACCAAAUAUAUGCCGUACCACCAACUCCAAUACCGAUCUCCACAUUUCCUGGGUUAGAUCACCUAAUGUUUACCACUUCGUUUUUGGACUUCAAUUCGUUUCCUUAAAAUACACGUAGUUUUGUUUUAGCAUUUCUUUUUAUCAGUCUCCGACGCAAACUGACAUAUACACCGAGUAAACCCUUUUUUGCUCACUCUAGGCAAAGUCAUUCAAGAGAUUGGCUUUGUGGUUCCCGUCGGGAUCAUCCUCGGCUCUGAAGUGCUAGGCCUUAUUUGCCUCCUCAUCAUGCCAGAAACAAGAGUGGUUACAACCGAGGCGGUGAACCUGUCAGUCCACUUGGCUUCGUCCAGCGAUCCAGGGGUCAUACCACCUCACACUUCACCGCGUUUUCUAAGCGUAUGUCAGCCCAUGUCUCUUCCUGUCAAUGCUGUGUUUAAUAACCAAAAAACGCUGCACCUUUGUAAGUUGUAGUGUAUGUGACCCAUAUUUGUCCCUUCAAGGUUUCGAAGAUUGAUAUUUUUUCAUUGCCCCAUAUGACCUUUAAAAAUGGAAGGUAAAUUGAUUGGCAUUCCGCCUGCAUUUGAUACAAUAGUGGUGAUGCACAUCAGGACCAGUGUCUACCUCUCAACAGGUAGUUUGCAUGCCUCGAACUCAUGCACCUAGUCUGGCGUCAUUUUGGCAAGCGUUACACCCACAUCUCUUUACUAUAUGGUCCUGUGGUGUGCAAACGCGAGAUGAUAACAGUCGGGUGUCCGCGUAUGUGAACAGCACGGAAAGUGAGUGAUGCCACAGCGCCACACUUGCGGUGAGGUAAGUAACAUAUCUUAAAAGACCUCGAGGCAUUCUGCGAAAAGCUUCCCUCCACUCCGCAUGAAUAUACGAGUGUGUGGAGCCUGGUUCCGCAAUUAUACUAGCCAGCAACCUAUUGUGGUACACGUAGAUUGAACCAGUGUGUUCACCUGACUAGUAGCAGUGCCGAUCGCGUUGACUGUGCCUUAACAGGGGGACUUCAUUGAAUUUCAGGAAAGCGCCACGCCGAUUCUUUGUAGGCUUUUCUCAGUUUACGUGAACGCCACUGUCAUCGUAGGGGAAAGUUAUAUUCGGCGAAGAGUAUUAAUAAACUGCAUUUGGGUAGUCCGCAUCUUUCCGAUCGGAAAAAAUCGAUGUUCUUCUUGCUGUUAAUGACAACGUAGCCUUCUGUUAUAUUGGUUUCACUGGAUCUUUUUUGUCCUCCAGUUAGUUAACUGCAGUUACUCACCCUCAGUGAUCGUUUACUGAACAGCAUCCAGAAAUUAUAGUCUUUCCCUGUAACCUGAUGCUAGUGUCCUUCGGCAUGUUUUUUUUCUGUCUACCUUGCUUCAGCAAGUUCGUCUAAUGUCUACCACCCAGGACAUCAUGAGCGAGAUGUUGAUAAACAAUGUCCCAACGGCGAACUAACCGCGCAUGUUAGAAUUAGGUGUUUUGAGUUAAAAUUUAAAGAUUGUGCUUAAAUGACCAAACGCUUGCUUUACGUCUACGUUGUGAAGUUACCUGUCUUGUGCGUUUCCAUACAUAAAUCGGGUGUGUGGUUGACCACAGCAAAAUCACAAAUGCACCUAGAAAUUCUCAUAAAUGGGGAAUGUACUUACAUCGGGACCUCUGCUUGCGAUGCUUCUCUUCAGUUGUUAAAUGAUUUUCCAAACAAAGUGUGAUAUCGCCUGGUAUUAUACAAUGCAUUAGGGAUCAACAAGUCACACAUCUUAUCAACUAACCUGACCCGAACUAGUUGCAAGAAGAGAAACGACUGUUUGGCUAUUUUUAUCUUAGAUCAGACCUCACGAGCGUCGAGAUGGUUAUCACGAAUCGUCCUCCACUUUAAAGACACGAGGCAAAACUAAUAUGAAACGAAAGAAGUUAACACCCACAUUAAGUGCACCCUACAAACGUUUCGUGUGUGACCUCCCCUUAAUAUGUCGAUGGCUACUAAUACUGAUUCUUUUUACUCAUUUUCGCUCAGUCACAUAAUUCUCGUAUUUUCUCACCGUCCGUUUUGAGGCUAUGCCUAUUUUCAAGUAGCUUAUCGGACCGCAAGCGCUUUGAUGGCGAAUUUCGUUCUAUCCUGUGACCCAGGUCAGCCAGAAAGAGGUUAAUUUAAGUCGCCUAUAACUAAGGCAUCGUUAAGUUUUAAUUGUUGUAUUGGUUUCCGAGGGCGUAGUGGUGCGCCUAGAUGUGGGUUCAUUCGCCGUGCCAUCCACAUGCGCCCUCUCUCACCUCCGGUCUUCUUGACUAUGUCUUGACAUCGAACUCAGAUGAAGGAGGAGAGAGGGCGGCAGAUGCUGCGCAAGUCUUCUUUCACUAUAAACUAAAUUCAUGCGCAAGUCACCGCGUCUGCACACGGUAGACAUCGUCAGUCACGACGGUCUACCUGUCGUAUUGAUUUCCUCUCCGAGCCGAACCUACGGUCUCAACCCGGCACUAAUUUGGUGUCACUAUUGGCUGAUUUAUCCAUGUCCGUCCUCAUGUAUGCUUGCUGAUAUGAAUAGCUUUCGUAAGCAACAAUUUAGUUGCCGAAAACCGUACAAACUUGACUCUAAAAAAGUUCCAGGAAGUAGAUCAAGGUACCCUGUUUAAAGAUGGUGUGCGCGUUGGUAGUUUUACCUUUUGUCAUGCGAUGCCAUGGCGCGACGAAAGGUUUCAGCGCGUCCGCCUCUGAGGAUUUUGCCCAUAGCAAGAAUGAGCUCAUCAAAAUUUGCUUCUACCAUCACUGAAAUUACUAGGGCCGGUCAUAUACGUUUUAUUGUUCUCGAGAACUUUAAGACCCACUUUAUUGUAGAGUGACCAUCACUCGGUAUUGAUCGUUUAACCCCUUCUGAUCGCAGUUUAACUAAGUGGGAGAGUCUUGUUUAUGCUGGUUGCGUUACGCAAUUGUACCGCUUCCUGCUUUCAGGCCGCUUUCUUAUGGAAUCCCACCGUUCUCCUGGGUUUCUUGAUUACAUUCUUCUCUGCCCUCGUUCUCUGGACUGAUACGAGCGUCUGUAUGCUCUAUCUCAUGGGCAAGCCCUUCUGUUGGAAGUCCGAUCAACUUGGACUCUAUAUGUAAGUGCCUGCCGGUUAUAAAAGCACUCAUAGGCCAGAAAUUUUCAUUCCAGUCUCCCUUGUCUCUGUCGACAAUGUUAUUGUGCCUAUGUUACGCGCCGCUGUGUGGCUGCUGGUUGGGCUCGAGACAGAGCCGUUAAGCACAGCCGGACAAACUAGUUCCGCAGCACGAUCGGUGAGCACCCCUCUACCAAAGUACUCACUGUUCAGUCUGUAAAUAAAUAGCCUGGCGGUGCAUUGUGGCUUACCGUACACCAUUGACUAACCUAGAACACAUCCACAGCUACGAAUUUGACCUAAUUAAUCAAUGUAAUCUGAUAUUUCCCAUUGAGGCAGAGAAGAGAAAAGACAGUUUUAACUUAAGUAAGGAAAGCAACAAAUUGAAUGAGGUGAAAUUGGCUCCAUUAGUUUCUGCGUGAACAGUAGGUGGCGAAAUUUACAAUCCGUUGAUUUUUUGACUGUCUUACCUAACUGAGGAUAAGGCCUUUUCUCCCGCAGAUCGUCGAUCAGGGCUGUUUUAUUGGCGCAAAAUAUUAUACUGUAUGCGCAAAUUAACAUUGAAUUAUAAUAGCAAACUUAAAUUCCUUAACUUGGCUGAUAAAUAGCGGACAAGCACUGAGGAAUGUCGAUCAAUUGGCGGGCCUUCAAACGAAUAUUUAUUUUUCUGUCGGCGAUGAAGAUUAUCACCGUCGGGGGAUCUCAGUGGUGACUUGCACCUGUAUAUGAUUAUAGUAAAGAGGAUCUUCGCAGUAUCCAUCUCAUUCGUCCACCACGUUCUAGGUGGCAAUACAAAGUCUAGAGACUGGAAAUAGUGUGGACACGGUGGCUGAUGAGGUGGCCUAUGCAGGCCUUGCAUGUGGUGGUACCUAAAUGUACUCGAACUGGGCUACAACCUAAGUUUCGUAUCUCCCACCCAGGAAAGCUUCCAUGCAGGCCGUAUUACGGAACCAUUGAAUCCAUUCUCGUAGUUUGAGAAAGAUCAGGUUACUCUUGAAGUUAAUAUGACCUACCAGACAGUGCGUGAUUUCACUUUCUAAGUGAAUAAUGUUGGGGGAGGGGUGGUUGCUGUUGUGGCGGUCGUUUACAAACCGCUAAACCACACCUUGUGUCCGUUUUGGCGGUUUGAGGUGCUUUAGUUUGUCCAUAGUGAGAAGAGAAAGUGGAUUGGAGGUGGAUCGGUCAUAAUCCCUCUUUCCACCCCUUAUGCAUCUGGGACAAGGUCCGAGUCCGGCCGACUUUGUUAAAAUUCUAGAACUAAGGUAGAAAAUGCUUCUUGUAUUGGUGUUCCAGCAUAGGUCCGGAAGUGGAAAACAAGCUAAAAGUAGGCAUUUUCACCGAAGACAGAAAGUAGCUAUUUAAGACAUGGGGCACGUUUGUAAGCAAAGAGAUCUCUUAAGUGGUCUUGCAAAGUGGAUAGCAGAGAGUCCAUCCCAAAAUUGCUUCAAAACGGUGAGACAAUGGCUUGACGAUGAGAAUAGUUGCCGCCACCUGUGCUAAUUAAACACAACAUCAGGAAGCCAGGAACUUUUAUGCCCUAGUCCUGACUCCAGCCUACUGCUUGUGCCUGACAUCUACACCACAACACGGCACGACUCAUGCAAUCAGACCUUCGAUCGAAUGUCGCAUUAUCAAGACUAGUCAAGCACAGGUGUCAAUCACAGUUUGGCUAUUUAAUUUUCCACUAAUGAUAAUUGCGUAGGCUCUCACGCCCUCGUCACUCGCACCCCUUUCUGACUGGCAGUCGACGCGUACCGUUUUCUACGACUGCGCUAUACCUGGUCUACACAGAAACAGCCUCCAGUGGCGUCUUCUGUUUGCUUCUGCGAUGCGAUCGUGCUGGGUCGAGGCUGCAGCCGGUAUCCUGGGUGCCAGACACUCCAAGAAAGACAGAACCCGGUCUUCAGCUGAGCUAUGGACUACGCCAAUGCGUCCACGCGCGACUGAUGGUGAAAUGGCCUUCCAUGUGGGCCGACUGCAAAUUAGUCAGCAUCAUAGGUCUGGAGAAGAGGUGGUCGCAGAUCAUGCAGUGGUACUACCGUCAGUCGCGGUGGAGGACCGAUCUAGUUAUGUGGCCAUUUAUAAAAUGGUCGCAUAUCAUAGUGAUAUUGUGUCAUGCCGAAUGUUUUCCGCCAUCCAAUAAGACAUCACCCAUCUGCGCCUAAUAAAAUUUUGGAAAUUAAAAUAAUGUCUCGGAGAGGCGUACGGAGGCGUCUGCCUUCGAAUGCAGAAACUGCCAAGACUUGUCCCUUAACCACUACAUUCCAUGCGACUGCUGUACCCUGACACAACGUUUCAGCGGGUUUUUGGAUGGUCGGAGAACUAUUUUUCGCGCGGUUUAGUAGCUUUUCCGGGAUUAACUAACACUGAAAAGAGCAACCUGUUGUCGAACGAAUAGAAAAAGAACCAUUUUCCAUCUAGAAAUCAGAUUUCAGGAAUAAGAAAAUCUUUUUGUACGGUUGGCUGCAUGCAAUAAAAGCAAUUUUAAGCGGGAAUUAUGUCCUCCAUAACUCUGAUAAGAGAACUUCUAAGUAUAUUAAUAUGCCGUUUUCAAAACUACUUAAUCGAUUCACGUGGGUUGGUCAUUCGUUGUGUUGGUCUAAGGUCUAAUUGAAUAUGACUUAAACAUGCAAAUAGUUACAUUUCUGCCAUACUGGCGUUUGGGUGGUUUCCCUGGUAGAUGGCUACUCGAACCAUUCGUUCGAUGUUAAAGGGAGAUUUUUUUCUGUCUCGCCUGGGAGAUGUUUCAUGCGACAAAACGAUCAGAGUACCGGCUGAGUUGUCCUCCUAUACUUUACUAUUUCAGUGUCGAUUCGUGCUGCUAACUAAGGCCGAGUCUGAUUCACAGGUUAGCCUGGUUAUUUUCAUUCUCGGACGCGAGUACAGAGGCAAGGCUCUCUCUGUAUUGUUUACCCCUCCGUCGGAAUUAUUUUGCCUUCUCUCGAAGGGGAUUGCGGUCCGGAAGUAGCGCCGUAGUGACUGCCGUCAUCUUCGUGGCUAUGGGUCUGUCUGCAACCUGCUGCCUCAAUGAACCCGAUGAAGGCCAGGCCGCUUUGGAGUACCAAGCGACUUCUUCGGAGGUGCAGGAUGAGGUUCCUUCUCAGUCUUCUCCCCUGCUGUCACGCAGACUCUCACCGGCCUCGCGACGUUAUAAACGGCGACUGAUCAUCGCCAUCGCCAGUACUUUAGCUCUGCUGGCCCUCAGUCGGCUGAUCUUUGGCACCGCAUGGAUGGUGCCAUUUCCUCUUCACAGUUACCUUGUUUUCCUCGGUGCGUUUCUUUCUUUUCUACGGGCGUCUUCGUCAUGAGACCAGGAUGACCUAUUUAUUACGGUUCGACCGUCGAUACCGACGAUGUCCACCGUGUGCUCCACAGCAGGGUGAGAGCAGGCGCGGGGACCUGUACCUGAAUUAGUUUAUGGUCUUAGUAGACUUGCACAGCAUCUACCGCACUCUCUCCUCCCCCCUCAGGAUCCGGUAUAAAGACAUAGCCAAGAAAACCGGAGGCUGGAGAGCGCGCAGGUGGCUGGCGCUGCAGGACCCACCCCAGAAGUGCCACCACAACCCCUUGUUUACGACAAUCGUUGGACCAGGAUUUUAAUGAACUGCAACAAGAGCGACGGCUGGCGCGGUCGGAGCCGCCCCUAGGCGUGCUGCCACAUCCGGCUUUGAUCCCACUAAGUGGGAGUCUCGUAGAGGCCAUAUUAAGAAGGAGCCAAUGCAGCGUGACUCUCAGUCUACCAGUUCACCACCCCACACAGACACACACCGGGUUGACUGCGAGAUCCAAGCUACCCCAUCCGUUGGCAUCCUCCCUAGCCACGGCUUUUAGCACAUCACGAUAACUUUAAGUGCAUCAGCUUGUUUAUAGUAAAGGAACUCUGAUGACUCGUAGACCUCACUCUCUCUUCCCACUCCCAGGCCCCAGUCACCGCUCGAGCCUGUCAUAUGUCUGAUGUCGGAAAUGGACGGAGUGGCUGACAGAUAGAGAGCCCGUCUGCGCGUACCACACACAGGACCUGGCCCCCCGUACGCACACGUCAGGACUUCACACACACAAGGGGGAUAAAACGCUCCGGUCUCACAUGCAGCAAAGGAGCCAUGCGGAGAAAAGAGACGAAAAAGCACAUUUCUCAGAGGUGCCGGUUAUGCGGAAUUGUGGUGGAGUGUAAGCGUGAUGCAUAUGUUGGUGGGGGAUUGUGUCCUGAUGUGGUCGUAUCUGCAGUGAUUUACCUCAGGUUUUCAUGAAUGCACAUCUGACCUAGUAGGCCCAUGCAAUGAAGGAAUGUGCUUGAACAGCGUGGACAGUUCAGGCGGAUACGACGAGUGUAUAGUGGUGCCCCAGGCAUUAGUUCGGCAUUCUCUGUGCGAUGGAUUCGCAAGUGACCGACCAGACCGGUGUAUGGGGUGGAUGUGCGGUCGCAUUGAGGACAAGUUAGGACCGAGGUGGUAGUGGUGCACUUGCUCCAGCAUGGCGUGAGUCCUAAGGAUUCCGGUUCGUUCCAGGACGUCCGUGUUCGGGAUCCUGUCCUGCCAUGUCGGCCUAAAUAUUUUGUGGAGACAGCUGAGAUGGAAGUGGUUGGGUUUCCUGCCAUGAUUAGAGUAGAGGGUCCUGGGUUCGCCGCCAUACAUAAGUGUCGUCAAGAUGACGACCGUGCACAUUUUCAGUUUUGUGUUCAGUUGAAGGCAUCAACGAUUCCACACUGAGGCUUGCACCCGACCGAAGGCCUGGCUGACUCCGACGAUUCGAUGGGAAACCUCGUCGUCAACGUCUAUGAUGCGCGAUAGUACGUUUCCUAUACAGGCGAAGUUGCCCACGGUUUUGAGUUGACUGCCAUUGGCGCUAAUUCGAGAACUGUAUUCCGUGUUGGGUGAUGGUUGGUGUGUGACCAUUGUUUUGCCUGUGCCGACGGUCUGAUCCUAGUUUGGCGUUAUCGGCGGCGAAGAGGUUCAUGCUCUGUUGCAUGUCCUUUUCGGUCGUGGUGUGGAGCGCGCAGUCGUCGGCGAAGAGCAGGUUGUGGACUGCUAUCGUAAAUAGCCGUGUUGGGUCCUGGAUGCGUCUGCUGUUGAGAAGAUGCCCAUCAAUCCCCUAGGUGAUGCGCGCUCCCUCACAAUAAACUUCUCUUAUCAGUCCCCAAGCCGGAGUAUUUCUACGCUGUUUACAAACGUUUUUGUUUCUGUGGCAACCGUAGAUUUUCCCCAUCUCAAUUCCAACUGUAACAGCGCGAUCAUCGCUGCCCACGAUGUCCACAGUGUGCUCCACAGCAGGGUGAGGGCAGGGACGGCGACUUGCGCGUGAAUUAAAGUGGCAGUACAUUUUCGCUUAAUCUACUGCACUCUGUACCCCUCCCUCGCCUGGGCCCGGUGUCAAAACAGAGGCGAUAAUAACGGAAGCGGGAGAGGACGCAUAUGACUGGCACGAUGUAAACCCGCGCCUAAGCGUGCCAUCACACCCCCGCAUCGAAAAUGCACUCUGACCAGGAUUUUACCCACAGCAAGAGAAAGGGGAGGUGGCUCGGAUCUCAUAGAUUGGGAGUACCUUAGAGGCCACAUGCAGACGGAGCCUAGUGCACUCUGGCUCGGAUCACGCAUGCAGCAGAGGAGCCACAUGAAAAAGGAACCGAAGAACACACCUCCCACUGACGUGAGAGUUGUAGAUUACUUUCUCCCUUUGAGUGACGCUGGGCGUGAUCAUGUGUGUUGUAGGUACUGGCGAGGAGAAAUGCGGUUUUAUGGUGUAGCCGACGGUGUUCCAUCGCGGGUUUUCAUGGAGGUGGAUGUGGCCUAAUAUGCUCAUGCGAUUGCUGAAUGUGGGAGGACAGUGAGGGGUAUUGAGGCGAUUGCGUCUAGUGUAUAUCGGUACUCCAGGCACUAGUUCGCUAGUCUUUUUGUGUUGGAUUCGCAAGUGACCGGUCAGGCCGAGGCGUGAUGUGGGCGUGCGGUGGCAAUGCAGGUAGGAUAGGUUUGGGGGUGUUGACUCGAUUGUCGUUGUGAUGCUGCUAGUGGUGGGCGUGCUGGUCGAUGGGCAGUUGAUUAGGUUGGGAAUGGGAGGGAUGGUAGACGUACAGGGUGUGCUACGUAUGAAGAUGUUGCAGUGAACUCCGUUGUUGUGGAUACACAUGUAACCAAAUAAGUCCAUGCUGUGUAUGAAUGCGUGUGGUCUGCGUUGACGGAUGCAGCGAGUGUGUUUGGCGACUCCUGGCAUUGGUGCGCCGGUCGCAGCGCAAUAGUCUCGCAAGUGGUCGACCAGGACGAUUCGUGAUGCACAUGCACGGUGGCAGUGAGGGCAUGGUGGGUUUGGCGUUGUAGAACCGGUAUGGGUGGUGAGGCUGUCAGCCGUGGUCAUGCCGGUGGAUGGGGAGUUAUUAGUGUCGGAUAUGGGAGCGUUGGUGGGUACUCAGGGUAUACGGAAAUUUCGAGUAUUAACCGACAGUAAAAAAAUUCACCUGCCACCACUGGCUGGCGGCCACGUCCUGGAGCCAACACGCAUUUGGAGACAACUUCGGACGAUCCGAGCGGCUGUUGGUUAUCUGUGUUUGAUAAAAAAUUUCAAGAAACUUCGUGAAAAGGUUAAAUUCAAGCCUUAAAAUUCAUGCUACUGCUUCCACGGGAACCGACGCGCCCCGCGACCUGACCUGAUGGUGUGGACGGAUCAUAUGCUAGCUGAACUGUCUAACCGGGAACGAACCCUCAGCUCUGGAUGCUGGGGGUGUACAUGUCCCUCGACACCGGUAUCCGGAGUCUGAAUGCACGUAGUCUUCACCGGUAAAAUGUGGAUGUCGCCUGCCUGUCUGAAAUCCGAAUCCCGAAUCCAAGCUACAUGUAAAUUAAGACCGCGGGGAACAGCUCCAAUCCCACCCUGUAUCCAAGGUUCCACUCGACUCUUGGCAGACAUUUUGUGACGAUCAUCCUCUCAGACGCCCCUCAGAUAUGUACCCUAUUUACAUCUCUGUUGUUUCUAUGUACGCGUUGAAUCCAUGUGUGAGAUAAAAAUCUUUCCGUUCUUCGGCUGAAGGACUGCCUUGAAGACGUCCUCGCCAUCAGUUACUGAUUUCUGCCGGAACAGGCUGAACCAGGCGACUCUUCAAACCUUAUCAGCCACUCUGAGCUUGGCUACCUAAUCGAAAACGGUGAAAGGAUGUUAGGCUUCGUUCAGCAGAGGUGGCUGGUUUUCAGCAAAGCGUUAUUUUGGCAUCGAAGUCAGCAUCUGCUGACCUGGUGCUCAAAUGAUGAUCGUACCGCCGUCCAGAGUGAUUAUAUUCCAGUCAGCCCAAAGAUUCGCGGUUGGGCUCGUGACAGUAGUUCGAUGCGAGGUGUCGAAUUUGGCGACAGUUCGCCCACCGCGAACGAUGAUAACCACUGUGUGCCUUACGUCAUAAUUGGUGCAGAGGUUGUGAUGCGCGGCAAUUGGUUUAUAUCGAUGGUAGAUAUGCGCAGCAUCUACCGCAUUCUGCUGAAUGUAGCAACACCCAUCUGUCUUCCUACGUACUCAUCUGUGUACGCUUAAGAUUACACCCUUCAUAUACGCCUAAAAUGCCGUGUAAAGCCCGCGCUUUUGUCUCACAAUAAGGACAAUCCUACGCAGGUGAACUUCAAAUUUAGAAGUUCGUUCUCAUUCUCCAGCAAGCGCAGAAGGAAAAGGCAGUAGCAAGUGGUCAUCAUUGAAAUUAUCAGUCCGUGGCAAUUGUUAGAAUUCUCGGCGACGGUUGGGGCUAGAUUGCGUAAGGGUGGUUUCUUUAGCCAACUCUGGAGAAUGAAGACAAAGCCGGCCAGAGAUGACAACAAACAUUGUUGGGAUGAAGUGGCAAUCUCCAUGGGACAGGCCUCAAGAGUCGGAGACGGUCGAAUUCUACCCAUUUCUACAUCAUUUUAAGGGUAGGCAUUCCGUGCUAGCGACUGUGUGUGGCGGCCUUAAUACUGGCAACUCCCCCACGGUCGAACGUUGGCGUAGGAAUUUUUAGAACGUUCUCAACAUCGAGAAUCAGUUUGCAGUGACUCUUCUCGGGGACAAACAACUCAGGACCAUUAGACCUCAUCACAGGCCUUUGCUGCAAAGCCGCCUUGCCUUGCCUCAGACACACUGGUCUGCGCCUCAUUUUGGUCCGCGCACAAGUGCGCUCGGACAGUCACAGCCGUCAAUGUCCUCCUUGCAUACAUCAUUGCCUGGCCGACGGUACACGAGCUGCUGGAAACGCAACCGCUCUGGUAGUGUAACUCGACAUUUCGACCCUCGCUACGACCACGCCCUCCGUGUGUCCCUUGAAGCCGACCCGGUAACGAGGACUUGCGUAUGAAUCACUUUAUAGUGACUCAUACUUGCACUGCAUCUACUGCACCCUCUGUUGUCAACUGUGUACCGAUGACAAGGCGAAGUCAAGGCGCGGACGCAACGUCUAACAAAGAUGAACAGUAUUUCUACGCGCGCCGUGUACGACCUGGUCUCCAAUUUAUAUACCUGACUUCAUUAGCUCACGUGAUUCCCACAUAAGCGAAGUAGGCAUGUGAUGGUAUACGAAUUUUCGUCCACUACAUAGGCGCUGAUAAGGUGUAUCGCAUAUAUGCUGUAGGAGUGAUGCAUGGCAUGUUGCAGAGAGGUGUCGUGUACGUACGUGUUCUGGAAUAGACCCGUUUGUAGCGUAGGUUUAUGUGUGUGCCAGUAAAGCAAGUUGCUAUGAUGGAUUGUGAAAUACGUUGUUUUAAUGAAGGUUUUCAUGGAGGCGCAUAUGGCCGAAUAUGUCCAUGAGGUAGCCAAAUCGCCUAGAUAAGUGUUCGUAGAUGAGCUAUCUGUUGCGGGUGUAUGUCGGGGCUUUUAAUAUUGGUCCACCUGUCCUAGUGCGAUGGGUCCACAAGUGACCGACCUGAUGGAUGCAUGAUCCGAUGGUACAAUCGCGAAGGGAGGGUUGAAAUUGGGCCCACAUUACUGUUGAAAGUGCCAAUGGUGAUACUGCUUGAAAGAAUGGUAGACGUGUCCCCAUGGGUGACACCACCAGUUAAUGCUGGUGGUGGCGGCGGCGGCGGCGGUAGUGCUUUUUUGUGCCGACACGCGUUAUUGGGCUGCGCAUCAAUAACAAAUGCCAUUGUUUGGGGAUCUGGCGGCACGCCUAGAUGCAGACUCACGCCACGUGAGCCACUGACACCCGAUCCUGGCUGCGGUCUUCUUGAGUCUGUUUUGACACGGGACUUAGGCGGACGCACGAGGAGAGAGUGGGUUAGGCGUGGCGCAAGCGUGCCUUCACUGUAAGCUAAUUCACGCACAGAACACCGUCCCCGCGCCCGCCCUGUUUGUAGGGCACACGAUGGACACUGUCGGCAAAGUAUUUCGAACUGUCGAUUGUAUUUUAUGAAAUGGUAGGCUGUGUUAACAUUACACAGAGCCUGCAAGUGUCCCUAAUUGUCCGUUGGCAAUAUGGAAACAGUGUGACGGUUUGGAUGCUUAUGCGGUCCUUUCGCGACACUUUAGACUUUCGGGCCGCUGCUUUCGCCUUGGUAGUAGCAAUCCGGUUGUCUUCGAUAAUGGCCGUUCCAGCCUUCAUGGCGGCCUGAUGAUCCUGCGAGAGAUCCUCCCAGGCCUUAGAAUUGAUUUUCAGGUCGUCGUUUUCGUCCGCCUUUUCUGAUAGGAUCUGUAUCCGCAUAGACGGACGGUCAGCACCCAGCAUAUAUCCCUCAAGUGCCCCUUUCGAGUUCCGCCAUUUGAAACAUUUAAAAAAGAUGGGCACUAAGGUUAACUACACGACUCCAGAAAACUAUUUUGAGAACUUGCGCAAUAAAGGCCUAUAUCUGCGCGAGCAGUGGACGGUGUCAUCGGACCGAACGUCCCUGACCGUAAUCUACGCUAGACUGAUGAAACAUCUCAUGCUAUCGAUUUCAGGGUCUCUGAUCAUAGAAAAUGCUCAAUAAAAUGCCCAAGAGACCUGUUUUAUAGGGUCAGUUGACAUCACCUGAGCAACGACGCUAUGUGUACACAAUAUGGAGUACUCGCUAUUCGGAUUUACUCGCAUGUGUAUCUUGUCUACGGUGUAAAGUCUGACGAAUCUGGAAAUUUGGAUGACAUACGAAGGCGGAAACAGAAGUGCUUCGUAAAGGCUCCCUUUAGGUCCAGUCGCCACACUUUCUGUUUAGAAAAUUUGUCCUGAUGGAGGAUUUUCUUUGAUAGCAAACUUUCUGACUUACAGUUUCUGUACAUCUAUCUGACCAAUUGCCUCAUUUCUUGUAGCACUCCUUCUCGGCACCAUAGCCUUCUAUCUUCCACUUCUUAAUAGUCUCAUUUCGAACACGGUAAAACCAGAUGAACAUGGUAAGUCUCAAAUUCCCUUCCUGAUUCAUAACGCAUCUCAUUUUUAACAUUUUUGCGAUUAGUGUUCAUAUGCACUACCUACUCGCUGACGUUCUUAAAUAUGGACUCCUACAAAAAUGUGACCCAGUUGGAGCUACAUAGCACAUCAACUCAAACUAACUUCUGCCAUUAUGACCCGAGCAACAUUACUUGCUUGAACUGGAUGCAUUCUGAAUAACCUGUUUUAUGCUUGGGAAAGUCAACUAUCUGCUUGCAUGUUGUGGGAAAUUACAUUUUUAAAAAAUCAUGUCUGAAAGUUAAGGGCAUUUUGGUAUCUGGUGAUCUAUGCACCUUCUGACAAAGUGGCAUGAGUGCACCUUUAGUAUAGCAUUCAUCGGUCCAGUGAUCCUGCCUAAAAUAAUUGCUUUAGAUAGGUUCCAGCCUUUUUUAAAGAUUGGAAUAAAAGUCCAUUUGAAAACAAAUGUAAUUGUCGAGGGACUUCCUGGGGACGACGUAACAUCAUGUGAGGAAGUGCGCAGAUCAUGAUAGAUGGAAGAUAUAGUAAGAUAACGCCUUAUGAAUUUACUAUCAGUGUCGAAAGGCACUUUUAAAACUUGUAAGUUUGCGAAGAUUAUCGAGCACAAGCACUUUGUAAAACCACCAUGUAUUGGCUUAUCAAUUUUCAGAACGAAGUCUUCAGAGGUUUCUAGCAGAAAUAACACUUAAACCAGCAUGAUCCGACACAUGAAUCGGUCUUAAUUGCCAAAAUGAUUGACGCUGGGACCCUAGACUCAAACCAAGGUCUGGUCCCCUCAUCUAACAGAAUUCAAAGUAAGUUCUGGGUGGGAUGUAAAGGAACAGCCGGCAUCUGUGGACACGCGAAAGACUCCUGCGAAAUUUCUGGCCAUUCGCUAUGGCUGGUGUACUGUCAAUGGACUUGUUGAUGAGCAAAGAAAAAGGGUGUUAAUGGUCAUGCGCAAGUUUUCCUCAUUCCAAUCCAAAUUAUGUACAGAUUGCUACUGCCAGGACUGUUGUCGAACCGCCGCAUGCAUUUUCUAUUUAGUCCUCAGUAGCACGGCGCCUUUACCCAAGUACUAAUUCCUGCAAAAUAUUCGUUUACAUGACAUGCGUUUUGGUAAUUAUUUCCAACCUUUCAGUGUUUACCUCGAAAACUACAUUUUCUGCUGAACUUAGGUUUCCGUGUUCAAUCUUGUUUUGAGACCUUUUUAGAUGUUCUGGCUUACGAAAUGUUAACAAAAAUCAUGGAGUGGACUUUUGAUUCGGAAAGGUUACUUAGGCAGGGUUGUAAUAAUAAUUACCGUGCAGUGUGCUCCCAAAAUAAUGUAGUCACGUCAGGGUAAAUCGUACAUUUCUGUAAGCUAUUAAGAAGAUGUCAUCUAGCGUACAUAAAAUCUUUCAAUCAAUUUGGACCAUUUUGCAUAAUUUGUAGGCCGCAUCAAUAAAUUAGCAGGCAUUAUGCUUUAUUCAUGGACAUUUUGCGGUAUCAAGAAUCCCAUAAGUAGAAGCUUCUGCAGAACCAAAAAUAUUCUAUUACCAAGUAAAGAAUUAGAAGAAGACGUCAUUUGCCGCCAAAUAAGCACAAGAUAGAAUAUUUUUGUGCGUGUUUUCUAUAAAAUAUGUUUAAAUUUAUAAGAGCAUCGAGAGGCAACAAGAAAGUUUCACACUUUUAGACAGUCAGCUUAAAGUGUAGUUUUUGCAGGCGGUCCGGAAGAAGCUCGUUCAAAAACCAGAACCCUGGCGUGACCGAUAUAUCUUGAGACUACUACAGCCCUGCUUAAGUAAUAUUUCCAGAUCCACAGCACGUCUCCCAAGUUUUGUUAGCAUUUCAUGAGAAAGCACCUCUUCUCUUCGUACGCCUGUUUUUUAAUUAAAUCUUCUUUUUUAAUUAUGACUCACUUUCCCAAUUUCGGUCUCCAUAUGUGCUGGUUUUUAGGUCGGCUUUUCUCUGUUAUGGGUUUUGCCACGGUACUUGGUAUGCUUAUUGGAAUGACAGCACAACCUAUGAUUUAUUCGGCGACCACUGAGCAUUGGCCCGGUGCCGUUUUCAUAUUCGACUCCCUCGUCCUGUUUCUAACAACCGCCCUUGCCACGUGAGUAGUAUGAUUGACCUCUGGUUCUCGCUCGUUUUCGGUCUUAUUUUUUGAAUCUUAAUUCAAUCCACUUGCUCGUAUUUGAAUGGCUGUGUCUGCUGAAAGAAAAAUGAAACCGUGAAGACCGAUGUCGUCCAAGGCUUCUAUAAUCAGGAUAGCUCUCCACUGUCUCACAAACCCAACUGUUGCGAAUCUGAUACGAGAGAGUUAAGACACGACACAAGAAGAAUGCCAGAAAAAAACUAUCGAUCUGCAAUACCUGUGUCACGGGUCAGGGACGAAUUCUGCGAAUAGUACUGACUGCUUAGAACAACUACAAGACCAAGAGAGGAAAAGAAAUUAAUGGCAGCUAUUUCCACGCAUUACUUCGCUCAAAGCUUUCGUCUGUCUGCUAAAACCUCUCAGCGUCAUUCUCGCCAACAGACCUCAAAACCGGCGCAAUGCUGAACUGUAGGACCAAAAAGUUCCCAUCAUAUGGGAACUCGUUGUGUGUCUUUUAUGGUAUCAGGCCGAGUUAAUGCAGGAUGAACUAUCGUUAAGGGCAAAUCCACCAAUGCUAGUAGAAUUGCGGAUCACGUCCCUCGGUGAUAAAAUACUUCUCCAGUCCCGGAUGCAUGUAGGUCUUCCAGGAAACUAAUUUCAUGGACAAACUGAACGACAGAUUCGACGCAGAGGGGUUGGAUGUCUAGUGUUAACUGCCAAACCGUUCCGUUUGUUUAUCGAGACCGAUGGUUGCACCUUUAUAGAGUGAACCGCGUGCAAUGGACUGGAAGAGUAGAACGCAACCGACGAUGUGGACGUGAACACUGCGUGGAUCUGUGUAAACAUGUGCACGGAGCAAAUGUGAAUUGACACCUACUCCAACUCCCCCUUUUACCUCUAUAGAAGCGCGAGGACGACCCGGGGUCACAUAAAACACCAUAAAAAGUGUUAGCCGCCGGACGUUUUUUUCAAACUCUGACGGUCGUAACAGUAAACUCACCAGUUAAGAUGGUGAGGCAAAAGAACCAGGAGCAGCAAGGAUUUGGUUUAAGGGAGCCAGUCUAAUCCUACAAUUGUUGAACUACUUUUGAAGAUACAGACAUCUCAGCUCUGCUGGCACCAAAACUAUUGUCUGUAGGUACUUAAAAUCCCCUCUGCAUCUCUUCUAUAACUGAAAGUUGGAUUUUCCCAGUUCACUCCGAAAACGUUGUAACACCAGUCGCAUCAAGUAUUGUCAUGCUGAAUAUACUGUGGAUGACUUAUUCGUAUCGGUGUGAUCUUGUGCAAAUUUGUGCUCUUUAAGGAAUCUGGGGUUUCUUAAGACAUUAUUCACGGUAAAUACUUGGCACAGCCAGAUAUGGUGGUUUUUAAACCACUGGCGGUACUAUCUUAAUGAAGUCUCAAGGUCUGUCAAAUUUUAAUAAAUUACUAUGGCCUUAACAGCAGUAACGGUGCAUGUUUCGGCAUGCCGACCCCCUCCCCCCCCCCCUCCUCCCUCAAACGAUUGUGUUCGUUGUAAACUUGAAAAUAUAGUGCACUCGUCUGACGUUCUACACGCGUACUCAAACGCGUCAUGCAUGGCAAAAUAACGGAACGCUUGUACACGCUGCGACUAGUGACGGAAAUAUUUGAACUUUUCAUUAAUUUUUCUUUGGACUUCCUCCCUUAUCCGGAGAUUUAGCCGAGCUUUUAUUUUUUAUACAGUUAGCGAUUCUAAUUCUCUUUCUUAUUGCUUCGUUCUGAACGAAAAUUUUAUCUCUUCCCCUUAUUUUGAAUUUCAGGGGACUUGCGUGUGUUGGAUCGCAAUAG